UGUGGCACGCAAGAAAAGUCCCAGGAAUGGGAUCAUGUUAGACCGUUCCUUUUGUGCCAAGGCCUUGUGUUCAGGGUAACAGGUUAUGAUACUGUGCUCAUUUCCUGUGUAGAGGAGAUAGGGAAAGCACCCUCACACCAGCCUGCCCCCCAGCAGCAAACACACUUUCCUGCAAAGUCUGCACCACAGACUCAGUGAAAGUACCACACUGAGGAGACAGAAGGCAAGGAAUCCUUCACUGCAAACCUCCCGGAUCACUUUUGUUUCUCUGUAAGUUCACCUUCCCACUCAAAAUGGGGGAAACCGAGGCUCUCUCACCUUUCAAUGAGGAGUACCACAACCUGACAGAGCUCUUCCAUCUGCUCAACCACUCCUUCACCUACUGUAAUAUGGAGCUGGAUGAGAACAUAAAGCGGGUGUUCCUCUUUGUCCUCUACCUUAUCAUCUUUGUGGUGGGGCUGGUGGAAAACCUUUUGGUGAUCUGGGUGAACUGGCAAACCAGAAGCCACAAAAAUUUGGUCAACUUAUACAUCUUCAACAUGGCCAUUGCAGACUUGGGGGUGAUCCUUUCUUUACCAGUCUGGAUGCUGGAAGUCAUGCUUGAUUAUACUUGGCUCUGGGGAGACUUUCUCUGCCGCUUCACCCAUUACUUCUACUUUGCCAACAUGUACAGCAGCAUCUACUUUCUUACCUGUCUCAGUGUCGACCGCUAUGUAUCACUGACAACAUCUUCACACUUUUGGCACAAACAUCAGCAUCUUGUGCGACGCAUUGCUUGUUGUUGCAUAUGGGCCUUUGCUGCCAUUGUUCCUUUACCAGAGGUAGCGCACAUGGAAUUAACCGACACCACUGAGCCAUUCUGUUUCUUCAUGGCCCCCCUUGAGACAUACAGUGCCUGGGCCCUGACUCUCACCCUUCUAACUCUCUUCAUUGGGUUCCUCAUCCCCUUCUCUGUCAUGGCUGUCUUCAACAUAUUGACUGCCAGGCACAUCAGAAGCUCCAACAAGCCAGAGAGCAAGAAGCACUGUCUCCUCAUCUAUGCCUACAUCAUAGUCUUCCUGAUCAGUUGGCUGCCAUUCCAGCUGGUUCUGCUUUUGCUCACACUUGAAGAUACCAACAUCUUCCUCCACUGCCACUUGCUUGAGUUCCUCUACUUCUUCUAUGACAUUGUAGACUGCUUCACCCUUGUCCACUGUGUGGUCAAUCCCAUCUUAUACAACUUCCUGAGCAAAAACUUCCGAGGAAAACUCAUCUCGGCUGUGGUCAGGUACAUCCCCAAAGAUCAGAUGGAUCAGAGAGGUAGAGAGGGAUCCUCCAGCACCCAGCAUUCUAUUGUCAUCACAAAAGACAUCUCACCAAAUUAAUGCAUGCUUUGUUCUAUGGCCAGAGUUGGCCAUAUGCAGGACCCAGCAUAUUCAGAGAUUUGUCCCACUGGCAGAGGCAGAGGACCAUUAAGAUGUUCUAAUUGUUGGGAGUAUUUACUUCAAGGAAUCUAGGAAACCAUGCAGUAUGAAAUAUGGGAAGGCAUGGUCUGCUGUUCUGACAGAUCAGCUGAAUUUAACAAACUGGGUGUUAUGUUUUCAUUAACCUUCCUCCAUUUCACCUUCCCUCCAACCCCACAAAUAUGGUAAUUAAUGUUUCUGCUGCCCUGAAAUUACAGUGGUGACAAUGCAUAUUUCUGUGGCUCUCCUCUUGUCUGUGCAUUUUUGAAUGAAAAUUUCAUUCUAAAAACAAUGCCCUGUCAACAUGGACACUUCCCGAGUCUUUGGUGCAUCCAUAGUUUUCUGUGGGUUUUCUAUGUGGCCACAUCCUGGAAGAAUUUAUUCUUGAUGUUUCGCCUGCAUCUGUGGCUGGCAUCUUCAGAGAUCUGAAGCCACAGAUGCAGGCAGAACAUCAGGAAUAAAUUCUUCCAGACUUCGGGCACAUAGCCUGAAAAACCCACAGAAAACUACUGACAUGAAUUCUGGACAGGUAAGAAUCUUUGCAGUUCAGGAUUUAUUUUGUUUGAGAAACUCACAUGGGGUUAUUUGUUUGCUUCCCCACAGAAAACGCCCUUUUGUGCAAAGAAAUAAAGGGGCAAAUCAGACAGCCCCUUUGCGCUGGCUUAGGAAUGGCGUCAAAAAGCGGCAUUUAGAUAUUGCAUGCUUUGAUGUUGCCUCCAAGCAGGCAUCAUACUGGCCACCUGACCACACCACAGGUAGCUUUGUGUUGCUCCAGCAGAGCAGUGUUUAUGUACUACACGCCACAGGAGUGCCACAAAGCUGCUGCCACAGCGGAAAAGCCGGCUUUUUGCCAGCUCAAAAAGCAUAUGCCGUAUCUUUUUGUGCUGGCAAAAAGCCAGGUUGUAGCAUGCAGUUGCUGCUGUCCAAACCUGGCAUUCAAAGGGUUGGCAUCAAGCCAUCUGUUUCGGUCGUUUCCUGCACAGAAAAUCUUGCUGCUGCAGAGAAAUUUCUGUAUUCUACGCGCACACGCGCGCACACACACUGGUUUUAUUUUUCUGAUUUAAGAGUAAGUCCGGUAGUUUUCAAGUUUCCACUUUCUCAUGGUGGAAAGAACAAAAUUGUGAAAAUGUAAAUAUGUACUAGGAAAUCAAGGAUACAAAUGGUUCAGUUCCAGCAGUUUGUAUGCAAGCCUAUUAUGUGAAGCCAAUGAAAUGUGAUAGACCAGACUGUGAAUUUGUAGUGUCAAGAAAGAACAUGGCUAAGCAGCUGUGUCCUCAGGCAAUGUUGGGGCUCUGAAUUCCCUCUGAUGGGUCCCAUUGGAAGCUUUGCAUUGUUUGUAGGAGUUCCAGCCUGCCUCUCAGCCUCUACCUUUUGCAUCUGCUACUGUGAAAAAUGUUACAUCACUCCCUCCUGGAUUCCUUUCACCCUGAGUUGUGCCAUCUAGUCUUUAUUCAUCAGAGGAACAUCUACAGCAAAGUUUGCUUGUGCUACCUGGAAUUUCAAUAAAGAUGUCAGUCCUAUUA